AUGGCAUUACUCGGAGCUCAGUUAGUUAUUACACUUAUUAUGGUGUCCAUUAUACAAAAACUAGGGAACUAUUCUUUUGCGCGUUGGCUUUUAUGUUCUCAAGGCCUGUAUCGUUAUCUUUAUCCUGAUAAUAGUGAAUUGAAAACUCUAGCUGGAGUACCGAAAGUCAAGCCAAAAGGCAAGAAAGGUGGAAAAACGGAGCAAAAUGGAAAGCUGGAAACAUUUCACGUACCGCGCAGCCUCGACUUGCAGCUUGAAACUGCACCGGUGACACCUCUUGAUGUUGUUCAUUUAAGAUUUUAUGCUGAGUACCUCUGGAUUGUUGACUUCUCUUUAUAUACAAGUAUAGUUUAUGUAAUGUCUGAGAUGUAUACCACCAUAUUUCCGCUAAAGGAUGAAUUCAAUUUGAGUAUGGUAUGGUGCUUAUUAGUGGUGCUGUUUUCAUUUAAAAUACUUUUGUCUCUUACAAAACAGUACUUCAUAAGUGAUGAGUCAAUAGGAGAAAGAUCUACCUGCAUUGUGGCCUUCUGUGUCUUCCUCCUGUUAGCAAUGAUGGUGCUAAUUGUUGAUGAGUCCAAUCUGGAAGUAGGUGUGGACCCGGCAUAUGACAGCUUUUAUGAAAAUGCAUCAAAGUUUCUAGAUAACCAGGGUCUUUCUUCUGUAGGUCCAGCAUCCAAGCUUAUAUUAAAGUUUUUUCUCGCUGUUUGGGCUGCCAUAAUUGGGACUUUGUUCACUUUCCCUGGGCUGAGGGUUGCCAGGAUGCACUGGGACUCAUUGAGAUACUACGGCGACAAUAAACUUAAAUCUUUACUGCUGAAUAUAAAUUUCGCGAUGCCAUUCGUUCUAGCCCUCUUGUGGGUACGUCCCAUUACCAGACACUAUCUAACAGUUCGUAUUUUUAGUGGAAUGACCAAACCCCUCAUGGCGCCCCACACUUUCGACACACUACGUCUGGUACUAGUUGUUGUAUCGGUUGUGAUAAGACUGUUGCUGAUGCCGAGGCAGCUGCAAGCCUACUUGGACAUGGCACAGAGGAGGUUGGACGCGCAAAAGAAGGAAGCCGGUCGCAUAACUAACAUUGAGCUACAGAAAAAGGUAGCAUCAGUAUUCUACUAUCUCUGCGUGGUGGCGUUGCAGUACUUGUGUCCAGUCAUCAUGUGCCUGUACUUGGCGUUGAUGUACAAGACGCUCGGCGGGUACUCCUGGUCGGCGCUGGUCUCCGAGGGUGCGGAGACUGCCCCGGCGGAUGAUACCGCCGCUGGGUUGGAGACGGAAGCCAUGGACCAGUACCAGAUGGCAUGGAACAAUUUGAAGAUGGUUUUCACGGUGGAUGUGCACCGCGGGCUGUUCGGCUUCGCGACCUGGUGGUGCUGCUUCGCCUGGUUCCUCACCACCUCGCUGGGCACCAUGUACCAGACUUACUUCAGAAUCUCC